UGUUAACAGUUGGCCUGCAGGUUAAAUAAUGCGUGUUGUAACAUGGAGAGAAAGUGACCUCAGUGAAUAACCAGGAAAAAGAUUGCUCGCUAUUAUAAGGAAGGGUGAAGAGCUAUUUAAUCUAAAGGACAGCUUUGGUGCAAGAAUAAACGGAUGUAAACUGCUCAGGAACAAAUUCAGGCGGGAAAUUAGAAGAAUGUUUCUAGUCAUUAGAGGAGUGGAAACAGCAUCCCAAUAUGAGUUGUGGAGCAACCAACUCAGUUAGUUUUAUAAGAGCACUGGAGAAAUUUAUGAGUAUAAUUUAUGAGUACAUAUGACAAGGUUGAUUGUGAUGUAGGGGGUCAAGGCUUAAGAGCCCUGGGGUUCACUUCUGGUUUAUGUCUCAUGUUCCUAAAAGCUCAUGUUUUGUGGUUUUAGUCAGCCAGUGGUGGGGGUCAGAAAGGCAUUUCCUGGCCCCCAGUGUAUUCUGGGUGUGUGUUCUUCUUUUUUCUAUUUCCUUCCUCUGAAGCAUCAGGGAUGGCCAGGGCUGGAGAUAGAGUACUGGCCCUCCCCAUCCAGUGUCCUAAGUUGGCACCAAAUGUUCUCUCUAUCAGGUCAUUAGCCCUGAAAAGAGUGAUUCCAACUCGAACCGUGAGGAAGUACAGACAGAGCUAGAUGAAGAAAUGGAGAAUGACAUUUGUAAAAUGUGGGACAUGUCAAUGGACGAGGAUGUCGCAUUAUUUCUCCAAGAAUUUAAUGCCCCUGAUAUAUUUAUGGGAGUGUUUGCCAAGUCUAAGUGUCCUCGACUUAUUGAAAUCUGUGUGGGAAUAUUGGGUAAUAUGGCCUGUUUCCAAGACAUAUGCAUGUCUAUUAGCAAAGAUGACAAUCUUGGACAAAUGUUAUUGCAACAUUUGUGUGAUUCGGACUCUCCUACUCUGCUGGAAACAAGCAGUGCACUUGGAUUUCAUCCCCCGUGGGCCUGAUUUUUUUCUGCAUUGUACAGUAGGAUUAGUGUUGUUGUUAACUUGCCUCUCCCAAGCUGAGGUGGCCAACAUCUGGGUUGAAAGAAUCCGAGAAAACCCAUCCGUGUAUGACUGUGUUUGUUUUAUCAUGUCAAGCUCUACAAAUGUUGAGCUGCUGGCUAAAGUGGGCGAGGUGGUGGACAAGCUCUUUGACCUGGAUGAAGAACUAAUGUUAAAUUGGAUUAAAAAUGGCUCUUGUCAGUCGGUGGGACAGUCUACAGAUGAUUCCCCAGAAGAACGUCCAGAUUUUAAGAUUGUACCUUGUGUACUUGAAGCAGCAAAACAAGUCCGCUCAGAUAAUCCAGAGGGGCUUGAUGUUUAUAUGCAUAUCUUGCAGCUCCUAACCACAGUGGAUGAGGGCAUUCAGGCUAUUGUGCAGUCUCCUGAUGGAGGAAAAGAGACUUGGACUUUACUUUAUGGUUUGGUUUGCCAUGAACUUUGCCAGCCAGAUGAUCCACCGAUCAUCAUUCAAGAGCAGAAGAGUGUAUUGGCCUCUAUUUUGUCUGUACUGUCUGCCAUGUUUGCUUCACAGGUACAACAGGAAUAUGUCAAGAGGAGAAAAAAUAUGCCUCUGAUUGGGAGCUUGAUUCGAAUCUUGCAAAACAUGGAGGACUGUGGGAAGAGAUCUUUUGAUAACGCAAAGAAAUCCCAACCAGAGGAGACUGAGAAGUCGGGAACAGUUGAGGAAGACUUCCAUCUGAAAAUCUUGAAGGAUAUCUGUUGUGAAUUGCUUUCCAAUAUGCUUCAAGAAUUGACUAAGGAAAACAUAUUGGAGGGAUUGAACCAGGGGCAUCUAAAUGAACAGAAAUGUUCCUGUGCGUUUCAGAAUCUUUUACCACUAUAUUUCACUGCUGUGGAAAGUUUCCUUGAAGCACUGCGUGAGGCUGAUCAGACGCUUGCUGACAGUCUAGAAAAACGUUUCCCAAGCCUGAGGCUCCAGACAUAAGAAAGUACAUGGAAUAUUUUCUUCCUAUGGAAUGAGGAUUUUGACUGUUUCUUUGCAGUAUUUUAGUAAUCAACAUGUCAGUAAACUCAGACGAAUGAGUAAACCCCCUUACCUACAGAUGGUAUUUAAGAAAUUCCACAGAUAUUCCUGGUUAAUCUUGGAUUAACCUGAUCUGGGAUGGGGAAGGAAAUAAACUCACUUGAAGUCAGUUCUUCAUCCUGAAGUCUUGUCGGCUUUUGUGAUCAGAGGCUUUUGAUUUCUAGCUGCUUAUUUGGUAUACAAAGCAGAACUGUAAAUAUACUUUUGUGUUUUAAUAAUCUGUGAGCUUGUGCUUUUCAUCUGUUGAAACAAUGAAAUGUACUGAAUCUUUUAAAAUGCUAGUGACUCUUUUAAAUUGUUCUUGGUAGGAAGGUUAGUCAAUAAGAAAUCUUAAAUAUCUUCUACCUAAGCAAUCAUUAAUUUCUUCAGUCACCUCAGAAAAGCAGUUCUAUCACACUGACUUGCCUUGUUUUGGAAGAUGUCAGUAGUGUGUGCAGAUGUUAUAGCAGAAAUAUUCCAACAUAUUCCACUACGAUGUCUGUACAUCUAAUUUCUAAGCCCCCUUUCACUAUGGGGCAAUCUAGGGAAUCCAGCUCCAACACAGUUUAAAAUGAAUUACUUUCAGGCUACACUGCAACUUCUGCUUGUUGUAGUCAAGUCGUCUGACUCAGAGUUAUAGAGUAGAUUUGGAUUUAAUCUCUUGCAUAUAACAAAAUGCUGCUUUUUAGAAAUGCUCUCUAUGCUUCAGUUCAGAAAAAUAGCGUGUAUCAAACAGUUCUCGUUCCUUAUUGAUGUAUAUUGUUAUGUUGAAUAAUUUUGAAUGACAUUAGAAAUGGCUUUUUUAGGCUGGGAUUUUCAAAGACGCUUGAGGGAGUUAGAUAUCCCAACUCCCAUUGAAUUUCAACUCUCUCAAACUCUUCUCAAAAUCCCACUCUUCGGGUUUUUUGUAACUGCAGUACAUUUUCACAUGUUUUAUCUGGGUGCAGUGCAGCUCGUCUGCUGUGUUUGGACAUGAAAGAUACUACAGCAAUAUGUUGGCUCAUGUCGUGUCUAUAAACUGGAACAGGCAACAAGUAGACAAAAUUAAUUUGAGAUAUAAAGGAGGAUGGAACAAGUUAAUGGAGAAUAGCUCAUUAGCAUACAUACAUUCCACAGUUAUCCAGAUUUCUGUUGGCUUCCACUUUAUUUGCCAUGAGUUACA